UGGUGACGCGUAACGCUGGGUAAAGCAGAGGAAGAGCCGUCACACCGCACCUCUGAAGCAUGGCGAUGACUGGUCAGAGUCCGUGCUCCUCCAUGAGUAACCACACCAAGGAGCGGGUCACCAUGGCCAAAGUGACCCUGGAGAACUUCUACAGCAACCUGAUCGCCCAGCACGAGGAGAGAGAGAUGAGGCAGCAGAAGCUGGAGAAAGUGAUGGACCAGGAGGGGCUCGCUGAUGAAGAGAAACGUCUCCGGCGGUCCGAGCACGCCAGGAAGGAAACGGAGUUCCUGCGGCUGAAGCGCACUCGGCUGGGUCUGGAGGACUUCGAGUCCCUGAAGGUGAUCGGGAGAGGAGCCUUUGGAGAGGUUCGACUGGUGCAGAAGAAGGACACGGGUCAUGUUUACGCCAUGAAGAUCCUCCGUAAAGCUGACAUGCUGGAGAAGGAGCAGGUGGGUCACAUCCGUGCGGAGCGGGACAUCCUGGUGGAGGCAGACAGCUUGUGGGUGGUGAAAAUGUUCUACAGCUUCCAGGACAAGAUGAACCUGUAUCUGAUCAUGGAGUUCCUGCCUGGAGGAGACAUGAUGACCCUGCUGAUGAAGAAGGACACUCUGGCUGAGGAGGCCACUCAGUUCUACAUCGCAGAGACGGUCCUGGCCAUCGACUCCAUCCACCAGCUGGGCUUCAUCCACAGAGACAUCAAGCCGGACAACCUGCUGCUGGACUCCAGGGGCCACGUGAAGCUGUCGGACUUCGGUCUGUGCACGGGACUGAAGAGGGCUCACCGGACCGAGUUCUACAAGAACCUGAACCACAGCCUGCCCAGCGACCUCAGUAAGCAAACGUUCCAGAACAUGAACUCUAAGAGGAAAGCAGAGACCUGGAAGAGGAACAGGAGGCAGCUGGCCUUCUCCACGGUGGGGACUCCGGACUACAUCGCCCCGGAGGUCUUCAUGCAGAACGGAUACAACAAGCUGUGUGACUGGUGGAGUCUGGGCGUCAUCAUGUACGAGAUGCUGAUAGGCUACCCUCCGUUCUGCUCCGAGACGCCGCAGGAGACGUACAGGAAGGUGAUGAACUGGAGGGAGACGCUGACCUUCCCCCCGGAGGUGCCCAUAUCGGAGAAGGCCAAAGACCUCAUCCUCAGGUUCUGCUGUGAGGAGGAGCACCGGAUCGGCGCCGCCGGGGUGGAGGACAUCAAGUCCAACCCGUUCUUCGAGGGAGUGGACUACGACCACAUCAGAGAGCGGCCCGCCGCCAUCCCCAUCAACAUCAAAAGCAUCGACGACACCUCCAACUUCGAUGAGUUCCCUGAUUCAGACAUCCUCACUCCAACAACCACUCAGGUGUCCAAUCAGACCGAAGCCGACCUGAAGAACAAAGACUGGGUCUUCAUCAACUACACCUACAAGCGCUUCGAGGGCCUGACGGCUCGGGGAGCCAUCCCGUCCUACAUGAAGUCUGGGAAGAAGUGACGCCGCCGCCCCCUGCUGGGAGAGAGAGACUCUGCUGCGCCGCCGGGGCGGCGCCGCCCUCCAAACCACGGAGACCCUCUUCACUUCGCGCUUCCCACCACGCUUCUGGUUUCACCAUAGGAACUGUCACUCUGCUCCUGCAGGCCCCGACCUGGCCUGUCUCACCCCUGGGGGUCCCUGUCUCACCCCUGGGGGUCCCUGUCUCACCCCUGGGGAUCCCUGUCUCACCCCUGGGGGUCCCUGUCUCACCCCUGGGGGUCCCUGUCUCACCCCUGGGGGUCCCUGUCUCACCCCUGGGGGUCCCUGUCUCCUCCUCGUUGUGGAUUCCAGUCUUUCUCGUGUCUCCGUCUUCAUUCCUGACACCAGCAUCCUCUACAUUCCCGCUUUGUAAACCAGCACUAAGGGCUCCUCCAGGUCCAGGUCCAGGUCCAGGUCCAGGUCCAGGUCCAGGUCCAGGUCCAGGUCCAGGUCCAGACCCAGACCCAGACCUGGACCCUGGCUCUCUCCUUCUGGUUUUUCUCUCUGAAGUGGUCUUUCGAAGCGGAUCAGGUGCUCUUCAGGGAUUCUGCCUCCAUGUCUUGAACCAAAGACCACGCUGCUUCGUGUCUUGGCCGGACGUUUCCGGUUAGCUUGUGGAUCAGCUGAUCGAGUUUCGCUCAGCUGACGGUCCUCCAGCAGCCGCUCGCCUGGAGCUUCAGGUCAUGGCGUUGCCUUCACCACCAUGCGGUCAGGUGUCUCCUGUUGGAGAGGGUGGAGUGUGUGUGUGGAGGCCUCGGGGGUCCUGCGGGUCAGGUGGGACCAGCUGAAGGUCCUCGGGGGUCCUGCGGGUCAGGUGGGACCAGCUGAAGGUCCUCGGGGGUCCUGCGGGUCAGGUGGGACCAGCUGAAGGUCCUCGGGGGUCCUGCGGGUCAGGUGGGACCAGCUGGGUGUUUCCAGACUGCAUCUUUCACUUUUAAAACUUAAGUCUGCAGCAAUAUUUCUACAUGUGGAUGGAACCAUCAGUGACACACACACACACACACACACACACACACACACACACACACACACACAGUGCUGGAGUUCUGCUGUGGGAUCCUUGGUUUCAAGGUGUUUGUAGAUAUUUCUAACUUCUUUAGACCCUCAUGAUGCUGCAGAACCCGGGUUCCAAUCUGAUCCGGUCUGGUCUGAUCCAGUCUGAUGUGGUCCGUUCCAGUCUGAUCCGGUCUGGUGUGGUCCGUUCCAAUCUGAUCCGGUCCGAUCCGGUCUGGUCUGAUCCGGUCUGGUGUGGUCCGUUCCAGUCUGAUCCGGUCCGAUCCGGUCUGGUCUGAUCCGGUCUGGUGUGGUCCGGUCUGGUCUGAUCCGGUCUGGUGUGGUCCGUUCCAGUCUGAUCCGGUCUGGUGUGGUCCGUUCCAGUCUGAUCCGGUCCGAUCCGGUCUGGUCUGAUCCGGUCUGGUGUGGUCCGUUCCAAUCUGAUCCGGUCUGGUGUGGUCCGUUCCAGUCUGAUCCGGUCUGGUAUGGUCCGUUCCAGUCUGAUCCGGUCCGAUCCGGUCUGGUGUGAUCCGUUCCAGUCUGAUCCGGUCUGAUGUGGUCCGUUCCAGUCUGAUCCGGUCUGGUGUGGUCCGUUCCAGUCUGAUCCGGUCUGAUCCGGUCUGGUGUCGCAUGGAGAAAGUCUCUAAUGAACACAAUAAAUCCAAAAUGCUGUCAUUUGAAAUGAAUGUAAAUGAGCUUUGAAUCAAAGAGGAACAAGAAGCAGGACCUGAUGACACGGCGCAGUCUGCCACCGCCGGGGGGCGUGGCACCGCCGGGGGGCGUGGCACCGCCGGGGGGGUUGUGGCACCGCCGGGGAGCAGACCACUGUCUGCUGCAGUCUGUCCCUGUGGGAAGUCCCUGUCUGGAGAGACCCUCUGGAGUCUUGGGGCGGGGCCACCUGAUCACAUGACCUGGGCUUUAGAACAGUCACCUCCUGCCUUCUGAACGCUGUUUUCCAAUGAGAGUUAGGAUUACUGCCAGCAGGGGGCGUCGUCAGGGUAAACCUGACCCCUACCCACUGCAUGACUGACUGAGGCGACCUGUCCACUGGUCUCCACCGCCUGUGCAGUGGACUGUCUACUGUGAGGACAGCGUCUGUCCUCGUCUCAACUGCCUGGCGCGGUGGACUGUCCGCCGCCUGGCGCGGUGGACUGUCCGCCUCUUGGCGCGGUGGACUGUCCGCCGCCUGGCGCGGUGGAUGCCCAGUUGAGGUUCUUGUAGAACCGGUCCAGGAGGACCCCGGUCCGGGACUCUGCCUCCGACUCCGCUGUUCUUCCAGAUGUUUCUGCAUCUUGAAAUGAGACGAUGGUCACUUGUCUUCCAUACAUCUGCAGGGUGUCAAACAUGUGGUCUGCGGGCCAGAAGUGGUCCAUCAUGUAAAAUGAGAAUUAGCAUUAAGCAUUAGCAUUAGUCACAGAGGAGGGACGGAGUGUGGACCAUCAUUCAGUGCUUCUGUCCAGUCCUCUUGUUUUCCACGUUUUCUGUACAUAGCACCGAGAUGCAUCUUUACAAACUGCUUAAAGUUCACUUUUCUUUGUUUUCCUUCCGGCGUUGAACUCGGUAAAAGAUAUUUAUUGAAGCGAGGACUUUGUGGCGGUGUUCCAGGAGCCUCUGCACUGGAAGAGGUGCGACGAGACAGUUGGAGCGCUGCUGAAGGCCGAGCUGCUUCCGCUGUGGCUCCACCGUCUUUCUUUUUAUUAAAGCGUCUGCUACGCAUGCUGGAACCAAACCGCAGUGUGUCUGUCUGUGCACGUGUGUGUGUGUGUGUGUGUGUAUGUGUGUGUGUGUUGGGCAUGUGGUUUGAGUCCUGGUUGGGGUUUUUGGGGAAAGCCUGUAUUUUAUUUAAACUCUGUUUUCUGGUUGUUUGACAAUGAAUUUUUCUGCUCUGA